CGCGUCAAAUUAAUCUACGCACGCUUUAGCCUACGGGAUGGACACAUUUCCUCUUAUAGUACACAGAUCAUUUUAGUCCCUUUGCCCAAUCCCACUGUCCUAGAUCACUUUACCAGAAAUGCAAAACUGAAGGGGUAACGCAACGCAGAAAGCUACACGUCUCCCCCAUUUUAUGCACAGAGGAGAUACAGUAAUUUCGGAUAAUUUCAAAACAAAUUAAAGAAUCCAGGUCGAAUCGAGAAUAAUGGAUCAAACCUAUGGAGAAGUUAAUCAGCUCGGCGGGGUAUUCGUCAACGGUCGACCACUUCCCAAUGCGAUUCGGAUCAGAAUUGUCGAGUUGGCUCAACUUGGAAUAAGACCCUGUGACAUUAGUAGACAGCUUCGUGUUUCUCAUGGCUGUGUGAGCAAGAUUCUUGCAAGGUACAACGAGACAGGUUCGAUUUUACCUGGUGCUAUCGGGGGGAGUAAGCCUCGGGUUACUACACCCAAUGUGGUGAAGAGCAUAAGGGAUUACAAACAAGGCGACCCUGGAAUAUUUGCUUGGGAGAUACGUGACAGACUUCUGGCUGAUGCAGUUUGUGACAAAUACAACGUCCCCUCUGUUAGUUCCAUAAGUCGUAUUCUUAGAAACAAAAUAGGAAAUCUCUCCCAGCCGAGCCAAUACGAAAACAGCAAAUCAACCCCUCCUCAGCUUGCCUAUAACCACAUGUACCCCUACUCAUACCCAAGCGCCAUGUCACCCACCGGGACUAAAAUUGGCAGUGCUCCCGGAGUGCCCGUUACUGCGGGCCAUGUUCUCUCUCGGGCCUGGCCCUCGGUGCACACGGUCAGCAACAUUUUAGGCAUUCGAGCCUUCAUGGACCCCACAGCAAUCGCUGGAUCAGAAGGGUACACAACAAAAAUGGAGGAUUGGGCUAGCGUGAACAGAGCAACGUUUUCUACACAUGGUGUCAACGGAAUAGAUAAAUCAUCCAUGGAAACAGACAUUAAGUAUUCACAGCCUUCAUCAAACAUAUCUAGUUAUGUUCCAGCUUGUGCAUAUUCUCCACCAAACCAAUACGGGAUGUAUGGUGGGCCAGCGGGUAACUACAUGACAGCGGGACAUCACUGGCAGUCCCAGAGCGCAGGCCUGACUCAUCCCAACAAUGCAGUAGCGAUGCAAGGUGGAGAGCUUCACACAGCGAUGUCCUUCAAACAUUCGUCAAGAGAUGGAGAUAGAAAACCUCCCAGCCCACUGAGUAAACACCAACAAGAGCUGUUAAGUGGCGUGCACGCAUUGUCUCUACCGACCUCAGCGUCAUAAACCGACGAAUGGACCGUCAGGACCCAAUGAAAAAAGGCCAUUCUAGGCCUUAAUAUAGGCCUACAUGCUGCCCAAUCAAGGUCAAUUUGUGAAGAGUUACACCGUAAGUGACAUAGGCUACAGGUUUUUUAUUUUAAUUUCUUACAGCGUUAUAGCCUACAUUGCAUGUAUCGCAUUUGCCCAUAGACCAGAUAGUGUUCUAACUAACAAACAAUUAGGUAGCCUAUUUCGAUGCUACUCUACCUGCAACCGAUGCCGCGGUAUUGCUACUUAGGCUACUAUGUUAUACUAUGUUUCCAUUCAAUCAAGCCUCAUCCUAUAUUUAAUUAUAUAAUGGUGACAAUAUGUCGCUAGGCCAACAAAUGAACUUUCCCCCCCAAUUAGGUAUGUCAUGAAAGGGAAGUUCAAAAUGUGAAAAAUUGCCGCAAGCUAUUUGUAAUUUUGUAAAUGAUAUUUGCCAAAGCUGUAAUUAUAUAUAUAUAUUUUUUAUAACUGUGCUAAAUAAAGGCAUUUAAAACGGA